CACUUCGCCACAAAAUCCGCCUUCUACCUACGAAUUCUUUUCUUUUCUGUUUGAAGACGCCGUAUUUUGAAAGGCGCACUCCUCAUAGCUUUAUUCAGUUAUUAUCCACGACGGAUUUGUCUCUGCCUCGGCACGGCAGACACUUGCGAAAAAGCAGAGUAGAGACCCCGCCACUCGCUACUACGAACGCUCACUUCGUACAUUCACAUAAUUUCCCAGUCACUAAGCUGCGCUCAAUCUCGUGCUUUAUUUUACAAUGUUGAGCGCCGAAGCUCCACCGCCUCAGGGCGCCAAUCGACCGCCACGACGACGACGUGGACCGAGAAGAGGAGGCCCUCGAUCUGCAGGAGCCGAGACCUCUACAACCCCCAGUGCACCCCGUGCUUCAGAUGCUUCGUCAGGAUCUCAGCCUACACCCAGAAACCCCCCUACAGCACCAAACCAGCCAUCAAUGGAGCCCUCGAAUUCAAACAGAGGCAGGAACGCUGGGCGAGGUGGUGGCUUUGUGAGAAGGGGGAGAAGAGGAGGAACACAUGCACAGCCGAUGGUGAACGGACAAAGAGCGUUUGGUGGCCAACUCACUGCAACUGCACCACCAUCGGCAGAAGUCUCUCUCGCAGGUGAUGCUCCGGAGUUCGUUCCCGGCCAGCCUGUUGCCCCACGAGCCCGACCUCCACAAGCACCUCGCACAAGGCGAAUGUCAAAGUCCCAAGCACCAGAUAUCGCCACAAGGACACACGAAGAUAUUGCCAACGGACAAUAUGAAUGCGUCAUCUGCACUAACGAAGUGCUCCCAAAUUCCAAGAUCUGGACUUGCAAGACCUGCUGGUCAGUCUUACACCUUUCUUGUGUGAAGAGAUGGUCCAAGAAUGAGGUUUCUACGCAUCAGCAACGAGCUGCUGAGAACGAAGAGCUACCUCCACCGAGACAGUGGAGAUGUCCGGGGUGCAAUUUGCCCAAGGAGAAACUGCCGGAUCGUUAUACCUGUUGGUGUGAGAAGGAGAUCGAGCCUCGCUCACUCCCGGGGUUGCCGCCUCAUUCUUGUGGCCAGACUUGCUCGAAGAGGAGGGCGGGUCAUUGUCCACAUCCUUGUGAUCUUAUCUGCCAUGCUGGCCCUUGUCCACCUUGUCGUCACAUGGGACCUUCCCUCUCGUGCUUUUGUGGCAAGGAGACAACUGCAAGACCUUGUCUCGAUACGAAUUAUGAUAGUGGAUGGAGCUGUGGGCAGAUAUGUGGGGACGUGCUUCCUUGUGGCGAGCAUACAUGCGAACGGAGUUGUCACGAGGGACUAUGUGGAAGCUGCGAGGUCUUGGUCGAGUCACGCUGUUAUUGUGGCAGAGUCGAGAAGUCUUUGCCAUGUUCAGAUCGUGAUGAUGAGCGUCCGAGCCAAUCGGAGAAGGAAUCUUGGAUUGGAUCCUUCAACUGUGGUGCGCUAUGUCGAAGGCUGUUUGAUUGUGGGAAUCCUGAUCAUAUGUGCGAAAGUACAUGCCAUGUUCAAGAUCCUACACCAGCACACUGUCCUCUCUCACCUGACGUCGUUUCACAUUGUCCUUGUGGAAAGACACCCUUGUCCGACUUAAUACCUGAGCCACGCCCGAAUUGCUCCGCGCCAAUACCUCACUGUCGAGAGAAGUGCCAAAAGCAACUUGUUUGCGGGCAUCUUUGUCAGCAGGUCUGCCAUGAAGGUGAAUGUCCACCAUGCCUUCAAACUGUUCAGAUUGCGUGUCGCUGUGGACGGACUAUCUCAAAUUCCGUUUGCCAUCAAGGGAUGGAGGAGCCUCCUACCUGUGCUCGGAUCUGCCGAGCACAACUCAAUUGUGGCAGACAUGAAUGUGGAGAACGAUGCUGUCCUGGAGAGAGGAAAGCAGGCGAGCGGCAAGCCUCGAAGCGCAAACACCGUCCAUUGAACGCACCACCAGUAGUAGACGAGAUUGAAGCCGAGCACAUUUGUACGAGGGAAUGUGGGAAGCCUCUAAAGUGUGGUAAUCAUAACUGCACCGAUCUCUGCCACAAAGGCCCUUGCCGAAGUUGUCUUGAAGCAAUCUUCCAUGAGAUUAGCUGUGCUUGCGGUCGAACCCGCCUCGAUCCGCCCCAACCGUGCGGGACUCGCCCACCAAAGUGUACCUACAAGUGCACUCGACAACAAGAUUGCGGGCAUCCUCCUGUUGAUCACACCUGCCACGAAGAUGACGAACCUUGCCCUUCGUGUCCGUUCCUUGUAGAGAAGGAAUGCAUUUGCGGAAAACGGACGCUGAAAAAUCAACGUUGCUCAUUCAAAGAAGUAAGGUGUGGGCUUGAAUGUGGCAAGAAAUUGAAAUGUGGGAUCCAUUUCUGCCAGAAGCAAUGCCAUCGACCAGGCCAAUGCGAAGAUGCCACGAGUCAUUGCAUCCAGCCCUGCGGUCGCAAGAAAACAGUCUGUGAGCACGACUGCUCUGACCCUUGCCACGCUCCAUAUCCUUGCAAGGAGGUCAACCCAUGUCAGGCCAAAACAUUCAUUACUUGUGAAUGUCAACACCAGAAACAGGCAGUCAAAUGUUUAGCUUCAAAGAUCAGCGAAGGAAACUCGAAGAAGACACUGGAUUGCAACGAUGAAUGCCUCAAACUCCAACGCAACGCCAGGCUAGCAGCAGCUCUAGAUAUCGAUCCAGCCACGCAUAUGGACGACCAUAUACCCUAUUCGACUAAAACGCUGGAGAUGUACCGUGGAAACACGAAAUUCUGCCAGCAGUACGAGCGCGAGUUCCGCGUCUUCGCAGCUGACGAAAACGAGAAGAGGUUAAGAUUCAAACCAAUGAAAGCAGAGCAACGAGCAUUUCUGCACUCCCUUGCUGAAGAUUUUGGCCUGGAUUCCGAAAGCCAGGAUGCAGAACCACAUCGUCAUGUUUCUAUCUUUAAGACACCAAGAUUUGUCUCGGCGCCAAUGAAGACGCUGGGUCAAUGUGUGAAAAUCAAACCUGCUGAACCCGCGCCAAGUGCCAGUGCCAGUUCAAGCAAAAGUUUGGUUCGGACGGCGGAACCAUACAACGCCUUCUUACUCAGCAAUCCGAGAUUCGGCCUCACUAUUGAUGAGCUCAACGCUGCUCUGCGGCCUGAAUUUUCUUCAUCAGGCAUAGAGUUUGAGAUCUCAUUCCUCCCGUAUGGAGAUGUAGUCCUCAGACCUCUGCCUUCAGCGUCUUGGCAUCAGAAAAUCGACACAACUCUCGCCGCUCUCAAACCAGCAGUAAGCAAGAAGGUCACCUCGGCCAUGGAUCCUCUUGCUUCGGCAGUCACACUCUGUACACUGGAUGCAAGUCUGAAUGUGAUCAGGAGAGAGGAUGAGAGUCUUGGUGGAGGUUGGAAUCACGUUGCAAGAGGGGGCUCAGGCUUCCGAGCCCCGGUGAAAGAGAAUCUGGGGAGCAAGAGCAGGUUCACAGUCCUGGGGAAGAGUGCGCUAAGCAAGAAGAAAGAGGUGGCGGAGGAGGCGCCUGAGGAUUGGGAGAAGGAGGUAGAGGGGUGGGAUGCCGGUUGAGAUAUCCGGAUGAUGGCCUGCUGUUAUUUAUACAUGUGCGAUAGAGAAAUAGACGGGGUGUGGAUUACACUGAAGAAAGUCGUGAUGUCGAG